AUGCUUUUAAAAACAAGCAUAAAAAAUAUAUUUUUUUUGCUGUGUAUACUUGCUUUAGUACAUAAUACUGUAUGGAGAAAACCUUUCUCACCGUUUAAUUUUAAUGUGUGUUCAAGAAUUUUGUCCGAAUUAGAAGAAAAGGAAUCCGAGGCUUAUGAGACAAAUAGUAAUUUGAAAUAUAAGGAUAGUGCAUUUGAAGAUUUUUUUGGUCGUUAUAAUGAUGAUACUAGUGGAAUGCAUGCUUUGAAUGGGAAUGAUGUUCUUAGUUAUUUAGAAGGAAAAAAUGAGAAUGUUAUUGAUGAUUCUCAUGAAGAUGAUAAUUCAUCUGACAUGGAUACUGAUUAUCUUGUAGAGAGUUAUUAUCAUUUAUUGAAUGUUGAUGAAUAUGGAGAUUUGAGUGACCUGGAAAACAAUUUUUAUAAUUUAUCUUUGAAAUACUAUCCAAAGUUGAAAAAUGGAAUGUUGUUGGAGUUGAAUACAAUAUUUGAAGAGUUAAGUGAAGCAUAUCAAAUAUUAAGUUAUAAAAUUAGAAAAGAAAUAUAUGAUAAAGAAGGAAUAAGUGGUAUAGAAAAAAUGAACAUAAUACAUCCUCUUCUAUAUUUCAAUGGAAUCUUUAUCUUUGAUUUGAUGUAUCAGUAUAUUGGAACCACUAAAAUUGGAUAUAUUUUUAAGACAUUUUUAGAAAGUAAUAUUUCUUCUGAAAAUAUACCAUCUUUUCUUAAAGAAAUAAACAAAAAUAUAAUGGAACAUCAAAUAAAGAGAGAAGAAGAAUUGAUUGAAUUAUUAAAAAAUAGAUUAGACUUACAUAUGGAUAAUGAUGAAGAAUGGAAAAAUAGAAUGGAAAGUGAAAUUAAUUUAUUAUCGAAUAAAUCAUUCUCUAAUUUCAUUUUAGAAUCUAUAGGAUGGACAUAUGAAAAUGUAGCUAAUAUAUAUCUAGAUGACACUGAAAAUGUCGGCGAAAUAUAUCAUGGUAUAUAUAUGUUUCAAGCGAUUGAGAGAAUAAAUAAAAAUGAAGAAAUGUUUGACAAUAAGAAAAAUCACAUCUAUUCUUUCAUAAGUAGUUUCUAUCCUUAUAAUGAACAAAUUAAUCCAUUUUUAAAAAGAGCAAAAUAUAAUAGAACUAAUGUAGAAUGUAUAACAAGCAAUAGGGAAAAUGAUAUUAAUGCUGUAUAUGAUGCUUUAUAUAAAGAAAAUGUUAAUAAUAUAACAGAUGAAGUAAAAUAUAAUUUAUUAAACGAUUUAUUAAUAAGUAUUUUAUAUAUAAAUCUGCACGAUAUAGAAGAAACUGUUAGAAGUAUUGCAGAAGUUGUUUUAAGAGAUAAUGACGUGGAUGUAAAUACCCGUUCAAAAAGAGCUCAUAGAAUGAGACUUCUAGGAAGUAUGAUACUCGAAAAGAUUAAUGCUUAG